GGCAGCUUGUUUUACGUGUUUCCUCCCCGAAGUCUGGCAACCCGGAGCAGAGGCUCGGAGGACCUGCGGAGAGUGAACAGCUCCUGACAGGCUGCUGUGGGUGUUUGUCACUGCCAUGCCCACACCUGGAUGACCCGAGGCAAUCACUCAUAACAGGAUCUAGACCUCCAGCUCCUUAUGGCUGUGUAUGAUGAGAACAUCCUGAAGAAUCCUUUCUACUUGGCGUUGGAGAAGCAGAGACCGGACCUCUGCAGCCGAGUGGCAGAGCUCCACGGCAUCGUUCUGGUGCCUUGUUGUGGAAGUUUGACCGUCAGCAGCUACUCAGACUCUCAGUUCGACAGCUAUGUCCUGCAGCCUGCGGAGGACGGAUACCAGACUGUGGAUGGAAAGGAGGUCAGGAUCCAGGACAGGCAGGUCCUGCUGGGAUCCGGCUUCCCGACUCCCUCGUCAGUCCCCAUUCUGUUUGAGGAGACCUUCUACAAUGAUCAGGAGCAGAGCUACAGCAUCUUGUGCAUCUCCAGGCCUGUCGAGGUCGAUCCGAGCCCGGCUGAGGCCAGCCCGCCUCCCCCCUACUGUCUGAAGAGCCUGGAGGAUGUCAGGGAGUUCCUCGGCCGCCACGCCCAGAAACUGGACAAAUUCAUCCACGGCUUCUGUCAGGCCUUCAGAGAGCAGGAGAGGAAGGGACUCCGACACCACAUAGACUCUGUGAACGGUCUUUACACUAAAUGUCUUCAGUGUCUGCUGAGAGACUCUCGCCUGAAACUUCUGGCGAAGCAGGAGCUUCAGAUGACUCUUCUCAAACAGGCGGUAGAGAUGUAUGUUCAUCAUGGUAUCCAUGAUUUAAUUUUUAACUUUGUGGGAACGCUUGAAGCCAGCCAGGACGCUGCCUUCAACAAAAUCACCAGGAGUCUGCAGGACCUGCAGCAGAAAGAGCUGGGAGUCAAAGCUGACUUCAGUAUAAACUUGUCUCGGGCAAAGAGAGAGCUGAGUCAGCUCAACCAGCAGACCUCCCCCCUCCUCAAACUGCUCUGCCUGCGGAGAGUCGCGCUGACCGCCACCCAGACCCCGAGAGGCACUGUCAGUAUCGAGGCUGUGUGUGCGGAUGACCUGCUCUCUGUCAUCCUCUAUCUGCUGGUGAAGACGGAAAUUCCCAACUGGAUGGCCAACCUGAGCUACAUCCGGAACUUCUGCUUCAGCCACUCCAGCAAAGAUGAACUCAGCUACUGUCUGAGCACUUUCGAGGCCGCAGUGGAAUACAUCAACCUGGGGAAGCUGCAGGACUCACACUCUGGCUCGGGUGAGCUGAAUGACAAGGCGUUGUUCAAGGAGAGGAUGAGUCUGCUGUUUCAGAGCGCUGCCACGCCCAUCCACUGUCUGUUUGAGCACAUCGCAAAUGGAAACGAAGGGGAGGUGGAACGUCUGCUGAGUGAAGGAGAGAUCAACGAGGACGUCAGGAUGUGUCAUCCCCUCUGCUCCUGUGACCUUUGUGACCUCCAGCUGUCUGGGCGGUUGAACGACCCAUCCAUCGUGACACCAUUCUCUAGAGACGACAGAGGUUACACUCCGCUGCACGUCGCUGCCAUCUGCGGUCAGGCCCAGCUGAUCGACCUGCUGGUGUCGAAAGGAGCGCCGGUCAACGCCACAGACUACCACGCCCUCACACCACUGCACCUGGCCUGCCAGCGGGGAUACCAGGGAGUCACGCUGCUGCUGCUGCACUACAAGGCCAACACGGACGCUCAGGACAACAACGGAAACACACCACUUCACCUCGCCUGCAUGUAUGGACACGAGGAUUGUGUGAAGGCGUUGGUGUACUACGACGUCCAAACUUGCCGCCUGGACCUGCAGAACGAUAAAGGCGACACAGCGCUGCACAUGGCGGCCCGCUGGGGCUACGAGGGAAUCAUCCAGGUGCUGCUGGAGAAUGGAGCAAACACGGACAUCCUCAACAAGAACAAAGACUCCCCGCUGCAGUGUGCUCUCAACUCCAAGAUCCUUGUGUUGUUGCAGUCGAAUCAGAACGGACGUCAGCGCAGCGGCAGCGGAGUGGAUUCUCCCAGUCGCUCCCCUCUGGCCUCAGACUGCAGCAGCCGUCGCUCCUCCAUCUCCAGCACCUCCUCUCUGGGCUCCGAGGCCAAACCAGAGGGAGAGCGGGUCCGACACAGAGAGGUGGAGAAGCUGCUACGUGCCGUGGCAGACGGUGAUGUGGAGAUGGUGCGCUACCUGUUGGAGUGGAUGGAUGAGGAAGAGGACGAAGGAGAGUUUCAGUCUGAGGCUCUGCUCUGCCACCCACUGUGUCAGUGUCCAACCUGCGCUCCCACUCAGAAGCUGUCAGUCAUGCAGGCCGGAACUCUCGGGGUUAACAGCUGUAACAUUGACGGUUUCACGCCGCUCCACGUCGCCGCCCUGCACGGACACUCUGCGCUGGCCGCCCUGCUGAUCCGCCACGGAGCCAGCGUCAACGCCCGCACCAACCAGAGCGCCACACCGCUUCACCUGGCCAGCCAGAACAGCCACAUCCAGGUGAUGAGGUUUCUGCUUGAGUGCAACGCCAAACUGAACAAGAAGGAUCACUAUGGCAACACACCUCUGAUACAGGCCUGUCUCUGUGGAAACCUGGAGACAGUCACCACCUUGUUACAGAGUAACGCGUUGGUGAACGUGGUGAACCUUCAGGGGAACACGGCCCUCCAUGAGGCGGUGCGGGGUGGACACCAGGCGCUGGUGGAGAUGCUGCUGAGGGGUGGAGCCUCUCCUGGCGUCAGGAACAAGAGGCAGAGGACACCACUUGACUGCGCCUAUGAACUGGGUGGCAAGAACACGGAGAUCCUGAGAGCUCUGCAGAAAGCAUCUGGACUUUCUCCUGAUGCUGAACCAAUCAAACUCCUCUCUGUGCCCAAAGGAGCUCUGGCUCAUUCGUUCGUCCAGCGUCUGCGGCUGCAGGAUCACGCCAACGGCAGGAAACAGAAGCUGGCUCAGUCCAUCAGCAGGAUCCAGCAGAUGAAGAAAGGAUCCUGUGCUCCUCCCUCCAGGUGUUCAACAAACCUGAACCAGGGGAAUCCAGACAGGAGGAGAAUGAGGCGAGGGGAGACGGUGGAGGUCAGCAGCCCCUCUGCAAGCUUUGACGUCAGGCCCGGGCUGAGAGAGCAGCGGCCCCUGGGUCGCUGUCACACCCUGGACUCAGGAGAACACACAUUGGAGCCGCCGGUGCCCACACACACUCCCAACACGACGGAAUACACUCCACAUGAGGGUAAUCAGACAGAUGACACACACACUGAGAACACAGCAGGUGUUCAGAUGUCCAGGGACGACUCAAAGCCCGAAACCAGUGAAACACAGUCCGCUGAUGAGUGCAGCACCGGCAGUGAGAUCUCUCAAUCGUCUGCCUCUAAUGCACCGACUCAGGCUGAUGAUCUGUCUGAACCCAGUCCCACACACACCUCAACCACUUCCUCUGCUUCACAUGACGGCACCGAGCCGCAUGACACCAACAAUAUCCGCCCUCUGAACAGUGAGCCGGAGUUACCUGACGAUCAGACUCACACUGACACGGAGGCUUUGCAGUCAGAAAGCAAGGACGCAGACUCCAGCCCAACCUGCCCCGCUGACCUCCACCCCACAGCCCCGACCGAUGGAGGCGAACAGAGAGACGCUAACCAAACACCAGAGGGGAGCGCAGAGUCGGAUCAUUGAGGCUGCGCUUGAAACCGAGAUGUUGGUGAGGAAUCAUUCAGAGAGAUCAUAGAGGAGCACAAAACAGACUUUUGGUUUCCUCGAUGUAACACCAAAAAUGAAAACAGGAAGCACACAGUUUCAGAUCAGAUGUGACAAUGACUCUGUGACGAAGCUGAUUUAAACUGUCGACGGAGAAAGUGCGCAGUAAAGUCACAGUUCUGGGGCCGACUUUGACUCCUACCAGCUGAAAACAGUUCUUUCAACAGUUUUAAUUCUACAGAAACAAUGCAGUAAUAGAAAGUUGUAAGUGGUCAAAAGGGUCGGUUCACCCAACAUACAGAACAAUGUAUUUUCUCCCUUAUCUCUAGUGGUAUCUGACCAUGCAGAUGGGUUUGGUUUAGGGGUCAGGGUUGAACGUGAGUUGGGACACUGCCCAGCUUUGGUGCAGUGGAGAUAUAUCGGCCGUGGAAUUUAAUUUAAUACCUUCAUGUAAAUUUCAGUUAACCAACUUACCAAAAGGAAAGAGAGAAGGAAAUAUAAAAUGUGCAAAUAUGGGGAGCAAAGGAGAGGAAGGAAGUGUGCAUAUGGACAGAAGGAGAGGUGAAAUAAACAACUUUUAUUUUGUGAUUAUUAGAUGACUCAGCAGUGAUGUACCAGAAAAACUGCAGACUGGAGUCUCUGUGACUUAAAAGGUUUAAGGUUUAAAGGUUCAAAGUGGCGUUAUAUGAGGCACUAAUCCAUAGUCAGGAAAUUACCUACGGUAGAUGGCGGUCAGCACGACCACAGUCUGGAGAAACAGGCAGGAGCAUUGAUACAGAAACUGCUUUACCUUCUCGUUAGACAGCCCCUCCCGACAGGAAGCUGAAGCCGUUGUCCGUGCUCUCUUCAAAGCCGCCAGACUCCUUUGACAAAAACAGUAAAGCUUUGUUCAUAGUCGUGUGAGACAGUAUGGCGCAGGCCUCCCGAGCACGUAUAGAGGCAUUAAUGCUCACACAUUGUUUGCUGCAAUAGGUGGCGUACAAAGGAAGUACUCUGUGGACAAGCAAGACGUCAACAAGUCUUCACAGAAAACGUUACCGGAGAAGUAGGCUGCCUUGCAAAAGCAGUGAACACCAAUGUGCUGCCAAACAUUGCAUUUGUGUACUGCCAUUAUAACUGUUGCCUGCCUCCAAGUGGACAUUAUUAGUCACAAAAAUUCUGAGGUGCACAUUCAAGCGCUGUGUCAGCUUUCGGAGCUUUCGCACGCAGACCCUGCGACAGUUUUAUCUCUCCAUACACUGGAGUUGCUAGUCUACCACUGCCUCGAUCGGUUAUUUUGUUUGCGUCAUUGUGUGAUUUUGGUGAAUCCGAACUAACCCUUUAAAACACCAAAGUAAAAACCAACCAUAGAACCCACACAGCUGUGUAUGCAGGGGCAGGUCAGUGAGAAAAUGUGUGUGUAAUUUGGGUGUACUGACCCUUUAAAGUCACAAUGAAAUGUUAAAAUGUAGGUUUCUGUGGUGCGUGACUCUCUUAAAGGUGACGUCGUCUCAUAGCGUCCACAAAUCCCUAAAUUCCCUCCUGGUCACUGUUGAUGUGUUGAAAUGUGAUACAGCUCUGAGUUAACUGUCAAAAUAAAAUCUCAAGAGAGAGAGAGCUUGGGAGAAAUUUAGGGAGUUGUUCUAAGGUCCACUGAAAUCUUUUUGGGGCUUAUGACAGCAUCUUAUUUUCAGGUGACUGCAAAACUUUUUCUUUUUCUUCUGUUAGAUUGUAUAUUUUGGAAACUUUUACUUCCUGCGGAGCAGCGCAUCUUUAAUCGUUAAACUAACUGUUGAUCAGUUGAUGUACAGAAAAACCCAUUUUGCACAUUUCUGCCUCUGUUAAUAAAUCAAACCUUUGUUUCCCUUUACUAACUGAUUGAUUCACAGGCAUGUUUGUUAACUAGUAGAACAGAGUAUCAGUGAAACACAUCAAAUGAUAAAUUGCACCCAAAUUACCCAAAACAACUAGAAACAUAAAAAAAAGUAUAAAUAACAAAUUAGGGAUUAAAGUGAACAUUUAGGUUGAAAGGUCAUUUCCUGCUUUGUGUCUCAUCUGAAAUCUACUAAAAUAUCAUUUCAUUGUGACUUUAAAUGAUCAGACGUUGUUGGUGAUGUUAACAGACUUUCUCCCAGUUGAAUUUCUCCAGUCUGACGAGGUCAUCUGUCUAUGGAAGCCCAUUUCUGCCAAAAAAGAUACCGUAAUCCAUUAUAAUGGCAAAUGACUUCUCAAAAAAAGUGACAUAGUAUCACAAAAUAAUGGCAAAGUAACUCAAAUACCUUAGAGACUUACUCAAAUCAAUAACUUAGUAUCUCAAAAAUAAUGAGUCUCUUAAAAUAAGAACUUGCUUAUCUCAAAGUAAUGACACAGUAUCUCAAAACAAUGACAAACAUUUCUCAAAAAUAAUGACUGGGUAGCACAAAUUAAUGAGAAACUUCAAAUUGAUGACUUGGUAUCUCGGAAAAUUGAGAAACAUUUUCAAAAUAAUGAGAACGUUUCUUGAAGUAAUGACUGAAAAAUGACUUAAUAUUUAAAUCUAAUGACUUAGUAUUUAGAAACCUCAAAUUCAUUACAGCCCCCUCAUCAUUUAUGCUCAAGAAAAGCCAAAAAAAAAAAAAAAUUAAGGAAAUAAUACAUAAUUAAAUUAGUUUGGGAAUAAAAAUGUGGAAAAUAAUAAUUGAAUAAAUUAUUAAAUGAAAAAUGAAUACAUACAUGUGAAAUAAAUAAAAAAUAAAUGCAGAUUAAAUAAAUAAUUUCUAAAAAGAAUUAUAAAAAUAAAUGGCAAAGUAAAUAGAUAGAGGUAUAAAUACAAAGGUAUUUGGAGGCUGGUCAGCGGUGAUGUGAAAGGAACGACUUAUGUUGAAAUAAUAUUUUAGUAUCUAAAAAUAAAGUUUCUCAUUGUUUCCAUAUAUUAAGUCAUUAUUUUAAGAUACUAUUUUAAGGACGUUUCUCCUCAUGAUUUACAGGAUCUUUUCAUCACAAGUUUAAAUCAUGUAUUUUUCUUACUGGCCGAAAUGGGCUUCUGUAUCGGCCUCAGCAGCUGCUGUGUCUCCUCCUCCUCCUCCUCCUCCUCCUCGUCUCACCUGAGUUUGAAGCACUUUCUUCUUCUAGCCUUCACAGAAAGAAAAAGGGAUGCAAACUGACUGUUAUUAUUAGUUUGUAUGAUGAUAUGUGUGUCUUCAGUUUUGUUUUAAGCCUUUGGACUGUAGCUCUGAUCCGACCACUAGACUUCACCUGAGGAACGUGUUGUUUUACUUGAAUAACUAGACGCUGUUAAAAAUAGAUUUACAGUGUGGUUGGUUUGCUUGUUUUCCCCGUUUAACAUCACUUACAUUUUUAUCAGGAUCAUUUUAUUUUAUUAAUAACCCUUUUUGAUGGCAGUGUGUUGUGUGUUCAGAGAGUUUCAGCUCCUCCUGAAUGAUAGACUGUGUUUUCUCCACAGACGUAGAGCAGCUUAAAGGAUCACACAGCUGGGUUUUAUGUUUUUAUCCUGUUGACUGCAAACCUUAUGUUUUACAUCACUGGCAACAAUUUCAAAAUCAUACCAGCAUGUUUUAUAUUUAUUUUUUAUUUUAUAGACUUGAAACUUGCCGCAGAUAGAUGAUCCAUCGCAGUUUAUUAUUGUUUGUGAGAGUUAUAUUAUCACUGCAUUUUGAUGGAGUUCAAGAGCCAUUUACACAUAUACAUUUGUUUAUUUAAAUUAACCAGGAACUUGCUUUACUGAGGUCAAAAUUCUCUUUUACAGUAGUGUCGACUCUGGCAGCACACAGAACACACAGGUUACAAAAUAUGAUAAAACAUAGACCUAGGGUUGUUUUGUUUUUAAUUAAUGUAUUAAAAGAUAAAAAAUAACUGGCAGAUUAAUUGAAAAUGAAAAUGUUUUUUUAGUUGCAGCUCUCCUUAAUGUCCUUAAUAUAUUGCAUAUCAGUUCAUUAAUAUCAUUUCACAUGAUUUUGCACUUGCCAUUUUAUGAAAUGAUAUUGAACAAUAUCAGCAAAGAUUCUGCAUUUGUAUAAUUUAACGGGCUAUUUUUGAUUUUUAAUUUUAAUCUCAUCCAAGUUUCAAGUCUCUGCAAGAAAGUAUGGAGGAUGGAAGCUGCAAAAAUCAACUAAAUAAUUGAAUUACUUGAUAAAUAAAUGAUCUAAUCUUAAUCAGAGUGGAAGCAAGGUAUGUAGAGUUGAUCUGUGCACUCUGAUGUCAACCAAGAGACAGAAAGUUGACCCCAUGACAGCGCCCUCAUUUGCAUAACUAAAAAGAAAUGAAUAAAGAAAUCUAUGAAGAACGUAACAUAAAUAAAUUAGUUAGGGGAUAUAUAUUGGGGAAACAUUUAAAGGGAAAUAAUGAAAAAUUUUAAUUUAAAAAUGAAUGCACACAUUUAAAAUGAAUAAAAAAUGAAUGUAAAUUAAUGAGAAACCUCAAAUUAGUGACUUAGUAUCUCAAGACGAUGAGAAUAUUCCUCAAAUUCAAAACUUAAAACAUGAGAGUUUCUUAAAAUAAAAUAAUUAGAAACUUUCUCAAAAAUAAUGACUUAGUAUCAGACAUUAAUGAGAAACUUCAAAUUAAUGACUUGGUAUCUUGAAAUAAUGUAAAAAUUUCUUAAAAUGAUGACUUACUUGUGUCAAAAUAAUGACUUAGUAUUUUAAAGUAAUGAUGAACUUUCUCAAAUUAAUAACAGCCCCCUCAUCAUUUAUGCUCAAGAAAAGCAUAAAAACAUUCAUGAGGAAAAUAAUACAUAAAUAAAUUAGUAAAUUUAAAAAUACAUACAUUUAAAAUGAAUGAAAAAUAAAUGCAAAUUAAAUAAAUCAUUUAAAAAAUAAAUAAAAAAAAUAAAUACAUAAAAUUGGAAAAUUAAAUAGCAAAGUAAGUAAUUAGGGGUAUUAUUAAAAGGGUAAAUAAACAAAGAAGCAAAUAAAAAUGUAUAUUUAUGCUACAUUUUAUCAACUAAUUAAUGCCUACAUUUAUUUUAAUAUAUUUUGGUACAUUUAGUCACAUAAUAUAUUUAUUAAGUAAUUAUUUAUUUUUGAUUUUGGCAACUUCCGUCCUCCAUAAAAAUUUUUGCAAUGUUAUAAAAAAGAAAUAAAACAACUGGCUGCAGGAAGAUCAGUCUAAACAACAGAAUGUAUGAUUUGGAAGUUGGUUAGCAGUGAUGUAAAAUAUAAAGUAUUAAUCACAGAAAUAAAACAUGUAAAACCACCAGUUUGGUCCUUUAACAUUAGAAGAUAUUUAAUACAGAUGCAACAUAAUGAAGCAGCUGCAGUACUGUAGAAGUGUCACUGUCAGUGUUACUGUUCACACUAAUGUCACAUGUUCACCUCCCGUAGUCCACUUAUUUUACUGAGUGUGUUUCAGUGCUGAUGAAGCUCACUGGUUCACUUUGAACUGACCUCUCUGACUCUUUGUGUUUCACUGUUAACCGUCCGUUUGUUUCCAGCCCUCCGUCGAUGUGUCCGCCGUUUUUUGGCCCGUCACAAACACAGAAACAUUCACUGAGUCUCCAGCAAGGCGGUGUCUUUGUGUUUCAGUGUCUGAUCUAUGAUGAAAGGAUGUCAAACCCAAUCAGAAGUCAAGUCUUAAUUAUUUUUGUACCACUGUUUUUAUUUUCAGGUUUGAAUGUUAAAAUGAUGUGAAUGUGCCUUAUUUAAUUCACACCCAAAUAACCAAUAAUAAACCAUUGAUCAUUGAGACUUAU